CCGCGGCGACGGGGACGCCGCAGCCAUGUCGGACGAGAGCGAGGAGGGGAGCGAGGAGGGGGAGGCCGAGAACACUCUGGGGGAGUAUGAAGGUGAGCGCAAUGCAGAAGGUGAGCGACACGGACGUGGAAAAGCACGUCUACCCCAUGGUGAUACAUACGAUGGGGAAUAUGAACAUGGUCUCAGAAAUGGGCAGGGGACUUACAGGUUUAAGAAUGGUGCUCGCUACGUUGGAACAUAUCUUCGAAACAAGAAGCAUGGCCAGGGGACUUUUUUUUACCCAGAUGGAUCAAAAUAUGAAGGAGACUGGGUGGAUGACCAGAGACAUGGCCAUGGACAGUAUACCUAUGCGAAUGGAGACACCUAUACUGGAGAGUGGUUUAACCACUAUAGGCACGGGCAAGGUACAUAUGUCUAUAAAGACACAGGAUCUAAAUAUGUUGGUGGUUGGGUAAAUGGAAACCAGGAAGGAGAAGCUGAACUUAUCUACUUAAACCACAGAUUUAAGGGCAGGUUUUCAAAUGGAAAGCCUGUAGGUCGUGGCAAAUAUGUCUUUGAUGUUGGAUGUGAGCAGCAUGGUGAAUACAUACAACGAGAGCAGGAUAAAGGAGAAGAAGAAGAGGAGGAGCCCUCAUUACUUGCUGAGCCAAAAUGGAAAGCAUCAAAAAUUACCAAAUUAACACUCUGGACUCCCCAUGGGGAAACCCCACCUCCUCCCAAAGAAGCCUCACUAGAAGCACCAGCAGCACCAGAACCAGAAGCAGGAGGAGAUGGAGUGGAAGAAAGACCAGCAGCAGCAGUAACUGAAGAGGAGACAGUUCCAUCCGUUGCAGUCACUGAUGAGUCUGCUGAGGGUGGGUAUGAUGAGCCUUCUCCUUUUGAAGCAUCCAGUGAAGUUCUUAGCUCAGCGAGGGACAUGGGAGAGGAAGAGGAGGAAAACAGAGAGGAAGAAGAAAACAAAGACCAGGAGGAUUAAGAAACUAGUGGUUUAAAGGAUAAGGAGGAAGAAUCAUAGGAAGCAGAGUAAUUGGAUAUAACUAGAGAUGAAGAGCCAAAAAAAAAGGGAAAUUUCAGAGUAAAUAAUUUAUUAUGGUAAACCUGCAAUAUUUUUAUGCAUUAAAAAAAAAGCUGUGUUAAGAUACUUUGAAUAAACAUUUCUGUCACUCUUCUGUCUGGAA